AUUACCUGCCGUUUGUGAAAUAUCUUCCAAAACCACUAUAUAUACCCUGCACCAGUGACUGACUUCACUGCAAGUCCAGUCUUAAAAAAUGUGAGGAUCUGGAUCAAUAAUUUGCAAAUAAACUUGAACUUUUAGCUGCUAGCCCAAGCUUUUAGAAAGGACAAAAUGACAAACUUGUCAGAGUUAGAAAUUUUGGCACUGUGUGAAGGAGAGGCAAUAAGACUAUGUGAAAAGACUACCAUCAUAGAAACGAUUAUCUCCUUGACCAAACACAGUAGUGCACGUGUACGGCACAGAGCACUGAAGGAAAUGUGUCCAUGCAGAGUGAAGGAAGACCUCUCAGACUUCUGGGAUCGUGUCAUGGAAAUGAUUGAAGACGAGUCACCAGUCGUGCGAUACCAGGUCAUGCAUACUCUCUGCGACGGCUCACCUUCACACAUGGAAGAUAAAGUAGCUGACGCCCUGGAUAUCUUCAACAAUGAUUCCGACAAGAAAAUCAGAAGGAAAGCUCAUCAAGUUCUUACUGGGUACAGGAGAACUGGAAAGUGGAAUGUCAUGUGAUCUGCAUAGCAAUGGUUGCCAUGGUGAUCAUAUCAGCAGUUUUUGUGGUUUGUGAUGUGCUGGGACGCCUGAGCUAUUCAAGAGUCUGUUGUGUGGAAGGAGUGUUUAGUUGAAAAUGUGUAAUAACUGAAGAUAAAAACAUUUAACCGUCUUUUGCAUGUCAUUACUUGAAAUAGGAUUGUCUCAGAACUGUAGCAUGUAAAAUUACUACUAUAUUAACACGUGAAUUUUUGUUACCUUAAAAAAUGAAAUUCAGUAUUUACCGAAUACUCGGCUCUUUGAAAUCAAUAAAGAUACUUAUAUCUAACCAUUGUUUCCCCAUAUGAAUUCAAUAAUUAUACACCAGUUAUCCAGUUUAAGAAAUAAAUAUUCUCCAAAGU